GCUGCAGGCGUGUCGCCUGGUGUCCCGCAAGGCCGCCAGCGUCCGCGCCCAGCGCGCCCCAGAAAGAGGCCUGCAGAGGCGGCGCCAUGGGGCUGAAGCCCUCCUGUCUGAAAGGCUUUAAGAUGUGUGUCAGCAGCAGCAGCAGCAACAACCAUGACGAGGCCCCUGUGCUGAACGACAAACACCUGAGUGUCCCCAACAUCAUCAUUACACCCCCAACCCCGACGGGCACGGGGCUUUCCAGAGACUCCAAGCAGCCAGUCUGGAUGGAUGAGUUGGGGUGUUAUCAAGAUGAUGGAGAGUUGGACCCUGAAGCCUGAGAAGUCACCAAGUGGUGGGACCUGUGUGGCACCUUCUUGCCUCACUGCCCCUUGCCCCAGGUGUUGGGGACAUGGCUACCUGAGCAGCUGGAUGAGGACUGAGAAUUGGGCCCUGGACCAAGACAGGAGUGGCCAACGGAACACAGCAGGGCUCUGGCCCUGGCAGAUCAGACAUCCGUCAUCUCCAUGUUCUUGCCAAGCCAGACCCCAGCUUGGUGAGGAGGAAGUGACCCUGCCCUAUGGCCACUGUGACCACAGACCCUGGCCCUCAAGGUCACAGCACACAAGGACUUCUCGCCAGAGCAGGGCCUCUGUUUUUUUUAUAAGUUGUUUUACAGGUACAGAACCCACGUCCUGAGUGAGAUUUAUAAAUAAAGCACCUUUGUGA